CGCAAGGCAUCUCCGACGCAGGGCAAGCAGAAACCUUCGCGCGAGGCAUCGGGCAGCCCUGCAAAGUCGGCGCUGUUUGCUUCUGACGACGAGGGCGACGACACCGACGUCGAUGAAGCGGCGCCGAUGGCCAGCAAGACCGGCGGUAAGGCUAGGGUCGUUGGCAGUGGGCAGCACGACCAGUGGUGGCAGCGCAACCAGGAGCUGCUGAACCCGGUGGUGCUGACGAUUCUGUCGGCGAUGACGCGGUUCUACCGGAUCGGAAAAAGCAACUUUGUGGUGUGGGACGAAGCACAUUUCGGCAAGUUUGGCGCGCACUACGUCAACCAUACAUUCUACCACGACGUUCAUCCGCCGCUGGCAAAGAUGCUGGUGGGACUGUCGGAGAUCCUGACGGGCUUCGACGGGUCGUUUAGGUUCCCGUCGGGCGAGACGUACCCGGAGAACGUCAACUACAGGUUCCUGCGCAUCUUUAAUGCCAGCUUCGGCGUGCCAUUGGCGCCGUUUGCAUACGUGACGCUGCGCAACCUCGGGUGCUCGAUGAACGCGGCGUUGCUGGGCGGACUGCUGGUCUGCUUUGACAAUGCGCUGUGCACUAUCAGCCGGUUCAUUCUUCUGGACGCCAUGCUGCUGUGCUUCACGGCCAUGAGCGCCAUGUGUCUGUCGGGCGUCUACAAGCACCGCAAGCAGCCGUUUACCGUGCCCUGGUACAAGUGGAUGUUCAUGACCGGCGUGUCGCUGGGCCUGGUCACUAGCUCAAAGUGGGUCGGGUUCUUUGCCGUGGCGCUAGUCGGGCUGUAUACGGUCUACGAGCUGUACGAUUUGCUGGAGCUUCCGGAGACCCGGCCCAGCAACUAUCUGAUGCACUGGCUUGUGCGCGGCGCCGCCCUGAUCGUGAUCCCAGUGACCAUCUACCUGGCCUGCUUCAAGGUGCAUUUUGCGCUGCUGUACAAGUCGGGCCCAGGCGAUGCCGAGAUGGACUCGCUGUUCCAGGCGAACCUGCAGGGCACCAACCUGCAGAACCAACCGCUGGACGUUGCAUUUGGCUCCAAGGUGACGAUCAAGAAUGCGCUGCAGGGCGUCGGUCUGCUGCAUUCGCACGUGGACCAGUACCCGGGCGGCUCGCAGCAGCAGCAGAUCACCUGCUACAGCCACAAGGACUCGAACAACGACUGGAUCCUGAAAAAGGUGCACGGUCAGACCUACGGCAACACCAGCGAGACCGUCGAGUUCAUCAAGAACGGCGACAUCGUGCGGCUGGUGCAUGAGCGCACGACGCGCAACCUGCACUCGCACCAGGUCAAGGCCCACGUGGCGAAGCGCGAGUGGGAGGUGACCGGCUACGGCAUGGACAGCAAGUGGAACGACCCGAACGACCACUGGCGCGUCGAGGUGGUGCAGGAUCUGUCGCACAGCAACCCGAACAAGCACCUGCGCACACUGGCGUCGCGGUUCCGUCUGCGCCACGUGCAACAAGGCUGUCUCUUGCGUGCUUCGGGCAAGUCGCUGCCGCAGUGGGGGUGGAAGCAGGCCGAGAUUGUGUGUGACCGCAGCGGCAAAAUCGACGACAACUCGGUCUGGAACAUCGAGAACCAUGUCAACCCGCUGCUGCCCAAUGCCCGGCCCGGCGAGCUGCGCAGCUCGUUCCUGCGCGACUUUGUGCGGCUCAACAAGGCCAUGGCGCGCACCAACAAUGCCUUGCUGCCGGACCCCGACAAGUUCGACUCGCUGACGUCGGCGCCCUACGAGUGGCCCAUCAUGCGCCUGGGUCUGCGCAUGUGCGGGUGGAACGACAACCGCGUCAAGUUCUGGCUCACUGGAAACCCGGUCGUCUGGUGGCUCAGUUCCCUGGCCGUCUUUAUCGCCGGCCCCAUCCAGAUCCUGUACUUCGCCAUCCGCAGCCAGCGCGGAAUCGACGACUUCAACGGCAACCCUGGCGCGCUUGAGAACUACGCACUGGUCUCGGCCAUUCUGUGGGGCGGCUGGGCUUUGCACUACCUGCCGUUCUUCAUUAUGGGCAGAGUCACCUAUCUGCACCACUACUUCCCAGCCGUGUACUUUGCCGCCAUGUACCUGGCCUUCUUGCUCGAGUGGAACGCCGCCCGUCUCUCGGGCUCUGUGACCUCGCGUAUGAACAAGACCGUGCUGGCCGUGCUUGGACUCGCCGCCAUUGCCAACUUUAUGUUCUUUGCUCCGUUCACCUUCGGCUUCGACUACCCGGCCAAGGAGCUGGCGAACCGCAAGUGGAUCUCUACCUGGAACAUUUACGACGGCCACGACUAG